AUGCUCAAGCUUGCAUUGCUUCUGUUAUGCGUUGUGGAGUCGGCUCAGGCUCUUGCCUUCACGUGCCCUGGUGCUCGAAUUACACCAGCAAAUCCUGCAGGAAAUGUUCCAUUUGCUGCUACUAAUCUAACUAAUGUUGCAAUUGGAACAAACUGCUCUAUUGCUUUUGAUAUUCCGAACAACUAUGCUCUUCUUCUGAAACUCUCAGGCCAGUCUGGAUCUGAAAAUGACACAGUUAUCGUUUUUGGUGACAGCAAUAAGAAUGGCUUUGAACUCACGCAGUCUUCUAUUCCUGUUUAUGAUGUCCCACUUUGGAUGCCAGCACAAAGUGGUGCGCAGGUUCAAGUAGUUGGAGUCUCUAACCAUAGUAAAUUCUUCCUUACCUACAUGUAUCAACCACUCAAUAAUUACAAGCAAGUAACAAAGAAAACUGGAGAAUAUUUCCAAUUGAACACAAUAGACGUUAAUACAUUUGUAACAAUUACAGCAACCUCAUCAGCCGACAAGGUUGUUGCAACUGCGGGAUACAAGAAUACAAUAGUUGACCCUUCGACCACUAAUUACUUUGUUUAUGACGGAGAUAACAUUAACACAGCCAAAGUUAUGGGGAGACUCUCCGAAUUCGGUCCAGCUAUCAAAAUAUCCUCUGGUAAAUCUGUGUCAAUUGUCACUUUUGAUACCAAAAAGUCUGACUUAUACGCGAUUGGAAAUGAUGCUUCAACUCUCGAUGGAUAUGGAACGUACAGGGUUCUAGUGGCAUCUGUGGGAUAUCUUAUCGGUGGUACCAUGACUGAUCUCACUGGAACAGCCAAUGGUGCAGCGACCACUUUCAUUUGCACUGAUUGUUCCACUUUUUAUUGGACUCAGAUUAAUUUCGAUAGCUUAGGAACAAUUUCGAAUAAAGGGUUUGUCACAUUUCAAGGGCAGACACCAACCCACAAACGCGAGAAGUUGAUAAAAUAUGAAGCAAUGACGUUCACAAAUAAUCAGCUUCCUCAAAUCUUGCCUACUGAUAUAUUCACAAUAAGCGUAUACUUUACAAGAGCCGGGUUCAAUGUUUCCACGAGUAAUAGCAGUGCAGCAAACUGGAACAAGGCGUACAUUGGUCGCAAAGGAUAUAUUUUCUCACCAAGCCUAUGGACCAGCAAUUCAGCAGCGAACAAUUUCAAUUAUGAGUUCCGUGAUGACUCUCAGCUCUACAAUUUCACAUUGAACAUGAACAAGAUGUCUUUCCCCGCAAGUAAUGAUCAAAUGACAUUGAAAAUUGGAUCAGGAACUGGAAAUCUUACAGUGAAUAACCUGUAUCCACGUGAUCAAUCUUCGAAUGGAAUAGUGAUGUCUAACGGAAACUAUAUGCAAAUUGGAUUGGCAGCUUCGGCUGGAGCCGAUAUUCGUCUGUCAUUUGAAAUGCAUAAACCGAAAUCUUCUGUAAGCACCGUCGGGUUCUUAUCAGCCAUUGCUUUCACGUUCUUCUACAAUCUUUGA